CCGCCCGGUGUCAGAGGUCGCUUCCCCUGCCGGCUCUCAUUCGCUCGUCUCUCUUCCUGAAUCCAGCAGCGAUGGCGGAGCAGCAGCAGUUCUACCUCUUACUGAGCAACCUGAUGAGCCCUGACAACACCGUCAGGAAGCAAUCCGAGGAAACGUAUGACACCAUCCCCGGUCAGACGAAGAUCACAUUUUUACUGCAGGCCAUCCGCGAUGUAUCCGCUGCAGAGGAGGUUAAGCAGAUGGCAGCAGUGCUGCUGCGGCGCCUGCUGUCCUCGUCUUUUGAGGAGGUCUAUCCCAGCCUGGCCAUCGACAUGCAGACGGCCAUCAAGACAGAGCUGCUCGCUGGAAUCCAGUCCGAAGGCUCCUCCAACAUCCGCAAGAAGGUCUGCGAUAUUGCUGCGGAGCUUGCUCGCAAUCUAAUUGAUGAUGACGGAAACAAUCAGUGGCCAGAGAUCCUCAAGUUCCUGUUCGAUUCGGUCAACUCUCAGGACGUCAACCUCCGAGAAGCAGCACUGCACAUUUUCUGGAACUUCCCAGGUAUCUUUGGCAAUCAGCAGCAGCAUUAUCUGGAAGUGAUCAAGCGUAUGUUGGUUCAGUGUAUGCAGGAUCAGGAAAACCCACAGAUUCGAACCCUGGCUGCACGUGCAGCUUCAUCCUUCAUCUUGACCAAUGAGCGCAACACAGCCUUGCUGAAACACAUUUCAGAUCUUCUUCCUGGCAUCCUACAGGCGGUGAAUGAAUCCUGUUACUGUGGUGACGACUCUGUGCUGAAGUCAUUGGUGGAGGUUGCAGACACGGCCCCCAAAUACUUAAGACCAAACCUGGAAGCCACUCUCCAACUGAGCCUGAAGUUGUGCGCAGACACCAACCUUACGAACAUGCAGCGGCAGCUGGCUCUGGAAGUCAUCGCCACACUGUCUGAAACUGCUGCUGCCAUGCUGAGGAAACACACCAACAUUGUUGCUCAGAGCGUAACUUUUCUCGCUGUAGUAUUGUUGUUGCCGCCGCCACCAUGUCGUGAAGGUGCCGCGUGGGCCAUGUCUGAUGAACUAGAAGAUGAUGAUUUUGAUAGUAAUGCUGUUGCUGGUGAAAGCGCUCUGGAUAGGAUUGCAUGUGGCCUCGGAGGAAAGAUUGUCCUUCCCAUGAUCAAACAGCACAUCAUGCAGAUGUUGCAGAACCCUGAUUGGAAGUACAGGCACGCUGGUCUGAUGGCGCUCUCUGCUAUUGGCGAGGGCUGUCAUCAACAGAUGGAGGCCAUUCUGAGUGAGAUCGUCAGCUUCGUUUUGCUCUUCUGUCAGGAUCCGCACCCCCGGGUUCGUUACGCCGCCUGUAAUGCUAUUGGACAGAUGGCCACAGACUUCGCCCCCACCUUCCAGAAAAAAUUCCACGACAAGGUGAUCUCGGCGCUCUUGCAGACCAUGGAGGAUCAGUCAAACCCUCGUGUCCAGGCCCACGCAGCAGCCGCCCUCAUUAACUUCACUGAGGACUGUCCCAAAACCCUGCUCAUCCCCUAUUUGGACAGCCUCGUCCAGCACCUGCAUGUCAUUAUGGUCGCCAAACUCCAGGAGUUGAUCCAGAAAGGCACCAAACUGGUGCUGGAGCAGGUUGUAACGUCCAUCGCCUCAGUGGCUGAUACUGCAGAGGAGAAGUUUGUGCCCUAUUACGAUCUGUUCAUGCCCUCCCUCAAACACAUCGUAGAGAACGCUGUUCAGAAGGAGCUUCGCCUGCUCAGAGGAAAGACCAUUGAGUGCAUCAGCCUGAUCGGCCUGGCUGUGGGCAAAGAGAAGUUCAUUCCGGAUGCUUCAGCUGUGAUGCAGCUCCUUCUGAAGACACAGACUGAUUUCAAUGACCUGGAGGACGAUGAUCCACAGAUCUCCUACAUGAUCUCGGCCUGGGCGCGCAUGUGUAAGAUCCUGGGGAAGGAGUUUCAGCAGUACCUGCCCGUGGUGAUGGGCCCACUGAUGAAGACUGCCUCCAUCAAACCUGAAGUGGCCCUUCUUGAUAGUAAUUGGGAGUUUGUGAAUCUUGGAGACCAACAGAGUUUUGGCAUCAAGACCGCAGGACUGGAGGAGAAAGCAACAGCGUGCCAGAUGCUGGUGUGCUAUGCUAAAGAGCUGAAGGAAGGUUUUGUCGAGUACACAGAGCAAGUCGUCAAGCUGAUGGUUCCUCUGCUGAAGUUCUACUUCCAUGAUGGUGUGCGUGUGGCGGCGGCUGAGUCUAUGCCUCUCCUGCUGGAAUGUGCUCGUGUCAGAGGCCCAGAAUAUCUCUCACAGAUGUGGCACUUCAUGUGUGACGCCCUCAUCAAAUCCAUCGGCAAUGAACCCGACUCAGAUGUGCUGUCAGAAAUCAUGCACUCGUUUGCAAAGUGCAUCGAGCUGAUGGGAGACGGAUGCCUGAACAAUGAGCACUUUGAGGAACUGGGAGGCAUUUUAAAAGGAAAACUAGAGGAGCACUUUAAAAACCAGGAGGUCAGACAAGCCAAACGACAAGAUGAAGACUAUGAUGAGCAGGUUGAGGAGACGUUACAAGAAGAGGAUGACAACGACGUCUACAUCCUGACCAAGGUGUCGGACAUCCUGCACUCGAUCUUUAGCAGUUACAGAGAGAAAGUUCUUCCGUGGUUCGAGCAGCUGCUGCAGCUAAUCGUCAAUCUGAUCUGUCCUCACAGACCCUGGGCGGACAGACAGUGGGGUUUGUGCAUAUUCGAUGACGUAAUCGAACACUGCAGCCCAUCUUCCUUCAAAUACGCAGAGUACUUCCUGCGGCCCACGAUGCAGUCGCUGUGUGACACCAGACCGGAGGUGCGACAGGCGGCCGCGUAUGGCAUUGGCGUCAUGGCUCAGUUUGGAGGAGAAAACUACAGGCCUGCUUUCACAGAGGCUGUCCCUCUGCUUGUUGGAGUGAUCCAGUCUCCAGACUCCAGAGCUAAAGAAAAUGUCAAUGCCACUGAGAACUGCAUCUCUGCUGUGGCCAAAGUCAUGAAGUACCGCCCAGAGUGCGUCAACGUCAAUGAGAUCCUCCCUCAUUGGCUGUCCUGGCUGCCACUCAAUGAGGAUAAAGAGGAAGCUGUCCACACGUUCAGCUAUCUCUGUGACCUCAUUGAAAGUAACAAUCCCAUUGUUCUUGGACCUGACAAUACGAACCUUCCCAAGAUUUUCAUUAUUAUCGCUGACAGUGUUGCGAAUGAAUCGAUUAAAGGCGAAGAUGGCUGCAGCAAACGAUUGGCCAACGUUAUUCGUCAAGUACAAGUUUCUGGAGGACUCUGGACGCAGUGUGUUUCAGUGCUCAACGAGACUCAGCAGAAGGCCAUCCAGGACCUCCUGAACAAGGCUUGAGUAAACGAGAGAAGCCGUAACCCUAUAAAACAGCCCAUCUAUUGAGGAUUAAUAAACUUUGCACCUGGAAUUCCACAUCUAGAUUUUUGGCCCUUUCCUUAUUUUGAGUAAAGAACUGCCAUGUGACUUGAGUUUGUGUUGGGCCGCUGAGCCGUCUGGACCUGAUCUCUCAAAGUCUUCAACAACAGCAGGGCCGAGCGUCCAGCGACUACAUGCGUGUUUGUGUGUCUCACCUCAAAAAGGGCCAAUGGCUUCAAAAACCCUCAUCUUGAGCGGACGUGGUGGGGUUUAGGGGUAUGAAAUGAAACUAACAGUCAUCCAUCAUAGAUCGUUAAGAAUUUCUGGUGUAGAAAUUGUGCUUUUCUGUCUUAUGAGAUCAGUUAUAGUUGUUUUGUCAACUUGUGUGUCUGUCGAUCCUUGCUGAUGCUGAUUUAGGGGUCGGUCCGACUCUUUUCACCGAUGGAUUGGACUGAACGGACUCUGAUUUGGAUGAGCUCGAAUGCAAUAGAGCGAUGAUGCAGCGGUCAUGGUGUUGACGUCUUGUUUGGUUUUCUUUUAGGUUUUUGUUUUCUCUUCAACGCUGGUCCAGAUCGCCGGCGAUGAUGUUUGGGAGAAACGGGCAACGGUUUGCUCCACCUUCGCUGAUAUGUGUGUCACGGCUAAUAUUGUCUGUCAUUGGCUCAUUUAAUCCAUUUAAUGAAAUGAAACAACAUAGGAAAA